CCAUUAGUUUCCUCUCUCUCUCUCUCUUCUCCUUCUCGUUCUGUGCUCAGCUGUUCACUGCUCAGGUUUUUCAGUCCCGGAAGGACAACAAUCGACGUCAAUGGCUAGAGGAACUUCACAAUCUCAGGCUUCUUCGUCUUCUCCGGCGUCCCGGCCGGGUCUUAUGGCGCCGCGUGGUUCUGCGGCAGCAACCGCCGGGAUGCGGCGGCGGAGGUUGGGUGGUGGUGGUGGUGGUGGUGGCGGAGGAGGAGGAGGCGGGUCCGGCGGAUUCGGUGGUGGCGGGGGCGGAAGCAACAUGUUGAGGUUCUACACAGAUGAUGCCCCGGGCUUGAAGAUCACUCCCACUGUCGUCCUUGUCAUGAGCCUCUGCUUCAUCGGCUUCGUUACUGCUCUCCACGUCUUUGGCAAGCUCUACCGCUACAGAUCUGGUCCUGGUGCUUGAUUUUAACCUUCUCCAAUUCCCCCUUCUUACCCUUGAAUCAAACUGACUUGGUUCGGUUUCCCGAUUGCUGGCUCUUCCAAUUCUGCAGAUUUUGGCUCUGUUAAAUUUCUGUCGAUGUUGUCCAGCUCUUUUGCUUGUUUUAACUUUUUUUAGUUCUUAGAAUAUAUCUAUUUUCCUCGUAACUUACCUCUGAAAGAGACGAGGAGUUUUGUUUUGUGUUUUAUCCUUCAUCCCUUCAUUUUCUUCUUGUUGUAUUUGCAUUGAGCUAAUCAUUUCUGAUGGGUGGGUGGAUGAUCCACUGUUUAUGAGCUUUUAUUUUGUUU